GAUUGGGCAUCUAGAAAGCUAGAGAGGAGCAAGGCGAAUGGAAAGGUCACAAGACAAUAAGAAAGCUAGUAGACACAAAGAGAAGAAACCUUUAGAUGUUGUGGGGGUAAUUAGCGUUAUAACAAUCUCGCCUUCAACAACUCCAGCAUGUAUGGCUUUAGCAGUCAAAGGAAGCCAUGAAAGCCAACCUUCAACUCAAACCAUUACUUUCAUUGGGAAGGAUUUGGAUCAAAGGGAGGUGUUCCCACAUGAACCACUAAUGGUUGAAAUAGUGGUGGAAGAUAGAAACCUACAAAAGGGGAUGAACCUAAUAAACCAAAAGUCAAAACAUUGGGAUUUGGUGGCUCUUGGAGAUAUUGUUAGGGAAAAAACUCUGAAUGUAGACAGCCUAGACAUGAGAGAGGAAUUGAAGGAAUGUCGGACUGAGCCAAUUGACCAGGUUAAACCUGUGGUUCUUGAUGAGAGGAGGCCCAAGCGUACAAUUAACAUUGGAGUAGACAUGGAUCCAAGCUUUGUAGCAAGACUGGAAAAUUGCUUAAUGGAGCAUAAAGACAUUUUUGCAUGGUGUUUGGUAGAUAUGCCAGGUAUCAAUCCAGAGGUUGCAUGCCAUAGGCUUAUAGUUAACCCAAAUGUUGUUCCUAUUAGACAAAAAGUGCAACAAUUUGGGGUUGAAAGGACUGCAGCUAUUGAAGAGGAGGUAGCAAAGCUUAAAGAGGCAGGAUUCAUUCAAGAGAUUAUUUUUUCUAAAUGGUUAUCAAACAUGGUGAUGGUGAAAAAGGCUAAUGAAAAAUGGCGAAUGUAUAACCAAAUUCCUAUGGCAAAGGAGGAUAGGGAUAAAACGGUGUUCAUAGUAGCAGGUAAGUGUGUUGAAGUUUAUGUAGAUGAUAUUUUGGUGAAAAGCAAAAGCUUAGACCAACACAUUGAAGACAUGAAACAAGUUUUCGAGGUACUCAAAACUCAUAACAUGAAGCUGAAUCCUACAGAAUGCACUUUCGGUGUUAAGGCUGGGAAAUUCUUAGGAUUCAUGCUAACAAGCAAAUGCAUUGAAGCCAAUCUAGAGAAGAUUUGUGUAGUGUUGGAGAUGAAACCUCCAUCCUCAAUAAAGGAAGGAUAUGAGUUGAGCCAAGUAAGAAAAUCAGAGAACCUUAGAGCCGAUGCCUUGGCAAAGUUGGCAAGCACAGGGCUGGCUUAUCCAGAAUCUAAUGGGCAAAUAGAGGCAGCUAAUAAGGCUAUCUUGGAAAGUUUAAAGAAGAAGAUAGGGUCUGCAAAAGGAACUUGGACAGAGUUACCAUAUACUUUGUGGGUGUACAGAACAAUGCAUAAGACUCCAACAGGAGAAACUUCAUUCAACUUAACAUAUGACUCAAAAGCUGUGGUGCCAGUUGAAGUUAAGAUACCAAAUUACAGAAUGAGCUAUUUUAAUGUAGACUCCAAUGAACAAGCUUUAAGGGAGAAUCUAGAUCUUUUGGAAGAAACUAGGAUCUGCCCCAAAUCCGUGUUGCCCAUUACCGUAGGAGAGUGGACAAGUACUAUAAUAGUAAAGUUAGACCCAAGGACUUACGCCAAGGAGACUGGGUCUUACGAAAGGUAGAGGUCACAAAGCGCAAUUCACGUGAAGGGAAGUUACGCCCCAGUUAGGAAGGACCAUAUUUGAUUCAAAAAGACUUGAGUAAUGGAGCUUUUAAACUUGUUAAGCCUGGUGGAACUUCAAUCCCAAGGACUUGGAAUGCAGCUCAUCUGAAGAAGUAUUAUGAGUAAUUUUUUCUUAUUUUAAUGAGGUUGAAUAAAUUUUGUGAAUAAGA